CUGAAACUCCGGCCCUACGGCCGCAUGUAGUCAACCAAAUAAGCGGUUAGGCUGCCAGAAGUACAGCUCCGUACUGAGGGAAACAGCAUCGCGGAGGCUCCCUUCUGUUAGCUUGUAAAGUGCUUUCGAGUUCCUCACAGGAGAAGAGUACAAAGGAUUUACCAACUGUCAUCAGUAAAAUUGCCUGAUUAUACUGAGAAUAUAGUGCAACUAGCAAAACCUUUCUGAGAAGAGAACACCUGGUGUACGUGGUACAGCUCCUGCCGUGCCCCGUGCAUGGGCUAGCUCUGCCUGUGCUGCCCAGGGAGCACCUCUGUCACUUCUUUGGGAAGGAAUCCAUGUGGAGAUAAUACUGCACAGCAGAAGUUAGCUGAUGAAGUCUGUCUGCUUUUACAAAGCCUGGUUUACUUAAAAGUGUCAGGAUUCACAGCUGAAUUCCUCUUCAGAACGCAUAAGUGAAAGCCAGAGUUGGGAAGACAUCGCUAAUUAUGUCUCUUGUCAGUGAAGAAUUUCCAGAAGAGGUUCCGCCGCGUGCUGAAGAAAUCACCAUUCCAGCUGAUGUCACCCCUGAAAGAGUGCCAACCCACAUAGUGGAUUAUUCAGAAGCAGAACAAAAUGAUGAACAACUUUAUCAUGAAAUCUCACAGGCAAAUGUGAUUUGUAUAGUAUAUGCUGUUAACAACAAGAAUUCUAUUGAUAAGGUAACAAGUCGAUGGAUUCCUCUCAUCAAUGAAAGGACAGAUAAAGAUAGCAGGCUGCCUCUUAUAUUAGUUGGAAACAAGUCUGAUCUAGUGGAGUACAGCAGUAUGGAAACUAUCCUUCCCAUUAUGAAUCAAUAUACAGAGAUAGAAACAUGUGUUGAGUGUUCGGCUAAAAACUUGAAGAAUAUAUCUGAACUAUUCUAUUAUGCACAGAAAGCUGUUCUGCAUCCUACAGGUCCUCUUUAUUGCCCAGAGGAGAAGGAGAUGAAGCCUGCCUGUAUUAAAGCACUCACUCGCAUUUUUAGAAUUUCUGAUCAAGAUAAUGAUGGUACUCUCAAUGAUGCAGAGCUCAACUUCUUUCAGAGAAUUUGCUUUAAUACACCGUUGGCUCCUCAAGCUUUGGAAGAUGUAAAGAAUGUAGUUAGGAAAAACUUAAGCGAUGGAGUUGCUGAUAAUGGAUUAACUUUAAAAGGUUUUCUUUUUCUACACACACUUUUCAUUCAGCGAGGAAGGCAUGAAACAACAUGGACUGUUUUGCGUCGCUUUGGAUAUGAUGAUGACUUGGAGCUUACACCAGAGUACUUGUUCCCUCCGCUAAAAAUUCCUCCAGACUGCACAACAGAAUUAAAUCAUCAUGCAUACUUGUUUCUUCAAAGCAUUUUUGAUAAGCAUGAUUUGGAUAGAGACUGUGCUUUGUCUCCUGAUGAACUGAAAGAUCUGUUCAAAGUCUUUCCUUAUAUGCCAUGGGGGCCUGAUGUUAACAACACGGUUUGUACAAAUGAAAGGGGAUGGAUUACCUACCAAGGGUUUCUCUCUCAGUGGACACUGACCACGUACUUAGAUGUACAGCGAUGCCUGGAGUACCUGGGUUAUUUAGGCUACUCGAUACUUGCAGAACAAGAAUCUCAAGCAUCGGCAAUUACAGUAACAAGAGAUAAAAAGAUAGAUCUCCAGAAAAAACAGACUCAGAGAAAUGUUUUCCGAUGCAAUGUUGUUGGAAUGAAAGGCUGUGGGAAAAGUGGAGUUCUUCAGGCUCUUCUUGGAAGAAAUCUAAUAAGACAAAGGCAAAUACGUGCAGAACACAAAUCUUACUACGCCAUAAACACAGUCUAUGUAUAUGGACAAGAAAAAUACUUGCUGCUACAUGAUGUCAGUGACUCUGAAUUUUUGACUGAUGCUGAGACCAUAUGCGAUGUUGUCUGCCUGGUAUAUGAUGUCAGUAACCCUAAGUCCUUUGAGUACUGUGUCAGGAUUUUUAAGCAACACUUCAUGGAUAGCAGAAUACCAUGCUUAGUGGUAGCUGCAAAGUCUGACUUGCACGAAGUUAGACAGGAAUAUAGUAUUUCUCCUGCUGAAUUCUGCAAAAAACACAAAAUGCCUCCACCUCAAGCCUUUACUUGUAAUACUGUUGAUAUGCCGAGUAAGGAUAUCUUUGUUAAACUGACAACUAUGGCAAUGUAUCCCCAUGCCCGGUUACGCUGUAUGUGCGCCUGCAACAGGUGUACAUUUUGCAUCUGUCAGAACUUCCUCAACUCAGACUUGCUGCAAUCUGUAAAGAACAAACUCUUCACUGCAGUUCUUAACAGGCAUGUGACACAAGCGGACCUCAAGAGCUCUACAUUUUGGCUCCGAGCAAGUUUUGGUGCUACUGUCUUUGCAUUUCUGGGUUUCGCGAUGUACAAAGCAUUAAUAAAGCAGCGAUGAUCUGAGAAGAAGCACAUCUGGCCCUACCAAAUGAAAAUAAACUUUUAUGUACAUUCUGAAUGCUUUAAAUUCCGCUAGAAAUAUUUAUAUAUGCAGAGUUACUUUAUUAAUAUUUGUAAUUCAUGCAUAAGAUUAUUUUAAAUUAUAGUUCUAACUGCAGUAUUGCAAAAUGCGUGGGGGGGAGGGGGGGAAGAAUCGAAUCUAAGCAGCCAGCUCCAAGGGCUUGACGGGUGAGGCCAAAAGGGAAUUCGUUGUAAAUAACCUGUACAUACGAAAGCAGUACGACAUUGCUUCCCCAGCCGUUACUCGGAAUGCUGUCCUGAGGUGUUUCACCGCGGUGACGUGCUGCUGUACAGCUGAACUUCAUUUCCGAUAGAGUAGGCUCAACUCGAGGAUCAUGCUUCCUGAAGGAUUGCUUAUUUAUUUCACUUUCAUUUGAAGUGACUUCAUCGUUUUGGACUACAAACUCAACCGGAAUUUGUGGUUUUCUUUCUAACCUUUCUAACAGCCAACUUUCCCCGUUGUAAUGUAUUUCCAGAACAAGUCCUGGCCUAUGGUUUUGUAUGUUGGAUGACCAGCGAUGUGCUUAGCACUCAAGUAUUUCUUUUAAAAGGAAAAACACCAACUUCAACGACUGCCAGACCAACUUCACGUGCUGUGUGCAACUGUUACUCAUUUUCCCCUCCGCUGUGUUUUAUAUCCCUUAUCAACCAGAGGAGAACAUUUGUAUAUUAUAAAUGUUAAUAACUCAAGAAGUGCUGCUGUUCAGUUUCUCACGGUUGUCAGUCGUACCUGACGAAAGCUGUGCGUCAGAUAGAACCGAAAUAGUGCACAGUGCCUCUCUGCUGUAGUCUCUUAAUUGCAUGGUUCACAGUGCAUUCUGUACCUGGCUAGAGUUACCCGUAGACACAGCUUUUCUAACAAUCAAGUAAAUAUUAAUUCCGCCCUCAUGACAAACUUAUUUUUCCAUUGCUGGCCUUUUCAACUAUUUCAAUAAAAUAACUGUGUACUGUG